GAUACUGCAAGUGCUCUUUCCGGUUUGUCGCCAUUGACUCGAAAAAUAAACAGAAGCCUGAGAAGAAGCAAGAAAGAUCCUUAGAUAGAGAGAAUAAACAAAAAUAUUUAGGCUAAAAAUGAGCCACCGGGCCAUAGACAGGCAGGCGUCAAAAAUGACAACAGCGAGUACGCCUGGCGGGGAUUCGAAAGAAAGAAAAAGUGUGGCAAGCAAGAUCCGCAGCAGUGUAGCCAGUUUCUUUGGUAUUGAAGAUGAUGAAGAAAAGUCGAAGCUCCACCAAGAGAGGUGGAGGAACAGGAGGCUUCACUAUUACAAGAAACAAAUCAAACCAGAAGAGCUGGAGAAGAGAGACUUAGGACUGAAAGAUGAUCUGGAUGCCUCCAACAUCAAGUACAUCCAUGAUCCUUACAGGAUGCCUGGAUCAAGGAGAACAACUCCACUAUCUAGUACUAGUACUUACGCCAGAGUUAGCAAACCUUCGAAGAGACUCAGAAAGGAAUCUGUAGCGAAGAUGACAGUCAAAGGCAUCAUGACUGUUACUGGAAUGAGGAAAAAGCUUAGGAAGAAGCCCCAGCAGAAAAGUUUUGGACCAGGCAGUUACACUGGAGAUUUCCCAGAUGAUCUCUCAGCUAGCCUUAACUAUCAUCAACAACAUGAAGAUGCCUUCAGUUUGGUGGAUGAUGUGUUCUAUGAUGAGCCAAUUGCUCCACCUGAGAAACAGUUCAAUAAAAUGACCAGCAUUGGAGAAGAAGGAGAAUAUGAACUACCACGACCAGGAUGGGGCAAAAGUCGGACUGCUCCAAAGGCCAAACUGUCAGGGUAUGAGGAUGGGGAGUUCGGAUUAAGUAGAAUAGAGCCAGAGGUUGUGAACUCUAUCACAGCCAAUGACAAAAGAGAGGUGGGAAUGGGGUUCGUGGGUCGUCUUUUCAAUAGAAGUUACAGGAGUGAAAGAAUGAAUUCAUAUGUGAAGACCCAGAUUGACAGCAUUGAUGACCACAGGCCCUACUUCACUUACUGGGUCACCUUUGUCCAGACCUUAAUCUUCAUUGUGUCUGUGGCUGUGUAUGGCAUUGCUCCUAUUGGGGUGUCUGAGACAGAGUACAAGGACAUCGUUCUUAAACCCAACUUAGCAUUUGAAACAGUGAGAUACAUUGAGAAAGAUAAUCUGUGGAUAGGACCCAAACAGGCGGACUUGAUACAUCUUGGAGCAAAGUAUUCUCCGUGCAUGAGGCGAGAUGACAACAUCUGGGGUGGGAUCAACAAGGACCGUGCUGAGGAGAAGGCUUCAGCUUGCUGUAUCAGAGAUGAUGGCUCGGGAUGUGUACAGUCUGUUAAAACUAAAUGUAGUACGGUUUUGUCAACAUUUCACAAGUACAAUGCUUCUAGUGCUGCUUCAAACAAUGGCUUCACUGCAGGCUCAGUGUGUGGACAGGACCCCAAAUACUGCAAUAAACCAGCCUCUGUUGCCCCUUUUGAAUGGGAUAAAGCAGACAUCACCAAGUGGCCUUACUGUGAGGACACUGGAAAGCCUGUGUCCAAUGUAUCAUCCAAAACUGACAGACACAUGAGUUGUGACAUCACAGGUCGACCAUGUUGCCAUGGUAUCCAAGGAGAGUGUAUGAUUACAACGAGGGAACACUGUAAUUUUAUAAAGGGAUAUUACCAUGAGGACAAAUAUCUUUGCUCACAGGUUAAUUGCUUAGGGCAGAUUUGUGGAAUGAUGGAUUUUUCUGAUGUAAAUAAUCCAGAUCAGUUUUAUCGCUUGUGGACAUCCCUAUUUUUACAUGGAGGGCUGUUCCACCUAGUGAUCACUAUAGGUUUCCAGUUCUUGGUGAUGCGGGACAUUGAAAAGCUGACUGGGUGCAUCAGAUUGGCCAUUAUUUACCUGGGCAGUGGAGUAGCAGGAAAUUUAGCCAGCUCCAUUUUCCUGCCUUACCAUGUAGAGGUGGGGCCAGCUGGAUGUCAGUUUGGUAUCCUGUCCUGCUUGUUAGUGGAGGUCCUACAGAGUAUACAGAUGUUAAAAAGACCUUGUUUAGCUGUCCUGAAAAUCGGAGGCUUCAUCGUCUUCUUAUUCAUCCUUGGCUUGUUGCCAUGGAUUGAUAACUGGGCCCAUGUGUGCGGCUUCCUGUUUGGAUUUCUACUGGCAUUUUCUCUGUUGCCAUAUGUGUCCUUCGGUGAAUUUGACAGAAGGCGAAAAAUCAUUGGGAUUAUUUUGUCUUUGGGAGGGUCCAUUUUCUUGUUCAUCAUACUUGUGGUGUUGUUCUAUGUUUUACCCCUAUAUGACUGUCCUGGAUGUCAGUAUUUUAACUGUAUUCCACUCACAGAUGAUUUUUGUAAAAAUAUGGAGGUGAGCAAUAAUAGAGAAUCCACGUACAGCUCCUUUCUCUAACAUUUUUUAAAAAUUAUUUUUAUUUGUGAUAUCAACCAAGUAUUUAAGAGUAGCACAUUCCUGGAGAAAUCCAAUCGUCAGUGGGAUGGCAUAACAAUUGUGUUUUUGCAAUAGAUUUUCUACACAAUAGAUUUUCUUUAAUACUUUAUUAGGAAGUUGUUUUAUUUUAUGAUAUUGCUCUUUAUGCUGCAGAAGGUGUACUCGGGUUUAAAUAUAAAUAUAUGUACAAAGAAAACUUGGAUAGCAUGCAUAAUAUUGAUAUAUGAGAUUUAAACCACACUGGGAAAUUUUUGUUUUUAGUAUACAUAUAUGUAUAUUUUUCUGUUUUGAGAUAUUUUAAUUUACUUUAAUAGAUAAAUUUUAAAAGGA